CUUCCGCUCCGUGUUUAUUUCCGGAAGUAAGUUGAUGCCAGCAUCAGACUUUCCAUAAGGACUAUCAAACCUCGAAUCUUCAGCGCCGUAACGACAGGUGUGUCCUCAUCCACAGGAUGGCACAUUGGUUUCACAGAAACCCACUGAAGGCAACAGCACCUGUGUCCUUCAAUUUCUAUGGAGUGGCAGGAAGCCUAGCUGCUAAUAAGAUAUGCAAUGACCUAAGGACAGCUAGGGCGAGACUCCUGGAGAUGUUCACUGAUGUCACCUGCAACCCAGAGAUCAUGAAAAAUACCACAGAUGCAUACCUCUCCCUCUUACAAGGCUUUAUCUUACCCUUGGAUGGAACUACACAGGAAAACAAGAUGAGAUUCAUCCAGAACUUCAAGUGGACUGACACCUUACAAGGAAACACACCAAGUGCCCAGCAGGAUGCAGUCUUUGAACUGGUCUCCAUGGCCUUCAAUGUAGCCAUCUGGUACACUAAGUUUGCCUCGAGGCUAGCAGGGAAAGAAAACAUAACAGAGCCUGAGGCGAAAGAUGUUCACCGGAGCCUGAAGAUUGCUGCUGGAAUAUUCAAAACCCUCAAGGAGGUGCACAUCCCUCGCCUCAUCACCCCGGCUGAAAAAGGACGUGAUCUGGAGCCCAGAGUGAUUGAUGCAUACAUCAUCCAGUGCCAAGCAGAAGCUCAAGAAGUGACAAUUGCCAGAGCGAUUGAACUGAAGCACAAUGCCACACUCAUCGCAGCUCUGGCCUUUGAAACAGCAAACUUCUAUCAAAAAGCUGACCACACACUGAACACCUUGGAGCCAGAGUGCAGCAGCAAGUGGAGGAAGUAUCUUCAGCUGAAGCAGCACUUUUACAUGGCUUAUGCAUACUGCUAUCAUGGGCAGACACUGCUGGCAGGUGACAAGUGUGGUGAGGCUAUAAGAUCUCUCCAGGAAGCAGAGAAGUGCUACUCCCGUGCUGAGGCGCUGUGUAAAGAGUAUCGUCAGACCAAAGGCCCAGGCACCACAGCCAAACCAUCAGAGCAGCUGUUCUUCCUCAAACUGGGCGGCCUCAUUAAAAACACACUGGAGAAGUGCCAGAGAGAAAAUGGCUUCAUAUACUUCCACAAGGUCCCAGCUGAGGCCCCCCAGCUGGAGUUGAAGGCGAGCUACGGCCUGGCUGAGCCAAUCCCAUUCGAGCUGCCGCCUCUCAGCGAGCAGUGCACUGCUGAAGUCUACGCCACCUUUGACCUGACCAAGGGAGCCAAAAAUGACAAGGCCAAAGCCAAGGAGGAGGAGGUGAAACCAGUUAAGGAGCCAGAUUUGAAGCCUCAGAAGGACACAGGCUGUGUCAUCUCCUAAACUUUUGUUUCAUUUUCAGCCCCAUGCUUCAGUACCAUCGAUUAUAAUGAUGGCAUCCAUCUUUCCUUCUAAACCUCCAUAGGAAAAUGUAUUUUUUUUGUGAGAUUAAUCCAUUGUGUUUUACAUUUAUGCUGAAACGUGUAUUUGCAUUUGGGUUUGACAGCCAUCAUCGCUGCAUUUAAGCCAGAGCCAGUUAAACAUUAUAGUAUAUGGCCACAUCUAUUCACAUUUAAUGCAGAUAGCAUGUCGAUGAAGUAAACCUGAGGCAUUUAAAAAAAAAAAAAAA